GAACACAUUUGAAUUUCCACACUCAAUUCCUUCUUCUUCUUCUUCUUUCUCCUUCUUCUUCUAUUCAGUGUCAAUGGCUUCGAACGUUCACCGAAACGGCGUCGCUCAAGCUCAAAGGGGAAGCACCAAGUUGGAUCGCCCAAACCACCUCAGAACGGCGUCGCUCAAGCCACGUCAAGUUGGAUCCGCCCUCCGCCGCAGCAGCCCCGGCUCUCUCGCCGCUCGAAACGGAGACGGAGUGCCUGGAAGGGUUCGAGUGGCUGUAAGAUUGAGACCUCGAAAUACGGAAGAAAUGAUGGCUGAUGCUGAUUUUGCUGACUGUGUUGAAUUACAACCCGAGCUUAAAAGGCUGAAACUUCGGAGAAACAAUUGGGAUUCAGACACUUUUGAGUUUGAUGAAGUGCUUACUGAAUUUUCAUCCCAAAAGCGUGUUUAUGAAGUUGUAGCUAAGCCAGUUGUCGAGAGCGUUCUUGAUGGUUAUAAUGGAACUGUGAUGGCUUAUGGUCAAACUGGAACGGGGAAAACUUUUACUCUAGGACGAUUGGGGGAAGAAGACACCUCUGAUCGUGGUAUCAUGGUUCGUUCCAUGGAGGAUAUUUUAGCCGACCUAUCUCCUGAAACUGAUUCUGUCACUGUCUCAUAUCUGCAGCUUUACAUGGAGACUCUUCAGGACUUGCUUAAUCCAGCAAAUGAUAAUAUUCCCAUAGUGGAAGAUCCAAGAACUGGUGAUGUGUCUUUGCCUGGGGCAACUCUUAUAGAAAUCAGGGAUCAGCAAAGUUUCUUGGAGUUGCUGAGAAUAGGAGAAGCUCAUCGAGUUGCUGCUAACACAAAGUUGAAUACUGAAUCUUCCCGUAGUCAUGCUAUACUGACGGUACAUGUUAAGAGGUCUGUCGUGGAAAGUGAAGAUAUUGUUUCUACUGAGAAUAAUGAUACCUCUCACUUGACUAAACCCGCAAAACCACUUCUUCGAAAGAGCAAGCUGGUUGUGGUAGAUUUGGCAGGAUCAGAGCGUGUCCAUAAGUCUGGAAGUGAAGGGCACAUGCUAGAGGAGGCUAAAUGUAUCAAUCUCUCACUUAGUGCACUGGGAAAAUGUAUUAAUGCUCUAGCAGAAAACAGUGCUCAUGUUCCAUUUCGUGAUUCAAAGCUUACUAGGUUGCUCAGAGAUUCCUUUGGAGGAACAGCGAGGACUUCAUUGAUUGUGACUAUUGGCCCAUCUCCACGUCAUCGUGGAGAGACUUCUAGCACCAUAUUGUUUGGCCAAAGGGCUAUGAAAGUUGAGAAUAUGCUGAAAAUAAAGGAGGAGUUUGAUUAUAAAAGUUUGUCUCGGAAGCUUGAGGUACAAUUAGAUAAACUUAUUGCAGAAAAUGAACGGCAGCAGAAAGCUUAUGAGGAUGAAGUUGAAAGAAUAAAUUUGGAGGCACAAUGUCGUAUUGCUGAGGUUGAGAGGAACUUUGCGGAUGCAUUAGAGAGAGAGAGAUUGAAAUGCCAGAUGGAGUACAUGGAAUCAGUUAAGCAGCUGGAGCAGAAGUUGGUGUCAAGUCAAGAAAGACAUGGCUGCAAUUAUUUUGAGGAUGGGUGUGGAGAGUUUGUGUUGGCGCAGGGGCCUACACUAUCUUCUGCAGAUGAAAUUGCUGAGGUCAAAAAGCUGUUUGAAAAUGAAAGCGAUAGGAGAAAGGCAGCUGAAGCAGAGGUAGAAUAUCUAAAAAGUCAGCUGGGAAGAAAUACACAAGCAGAGGCAGGAGGUGAUGCAGAGAUUAUAAAGCUUCGCAGCAUCCUGGAGGAUGAGGCUAAUCAGAAAAAGAAACUUGAAGAAGAAAUAAUAAUAUUAAGAAGUCAAUUAUUGCAAUUGAACUUUGAAGCUGACCAGAUGAGAAGGUGUUUAGAAAGUGAAAGCUCUGUAAAUGCAUUCCCUGCCGUGGAUUCUUCCAUGUCUCAAGUUAGGCAUUCUCAACUGAAAGAAGCUGGGAAUGGUCAGAAGUCAUCUGUUGCUGCACUCUUUGAGCAAGUUGGAUUGCAAAAGAUAUUGUCGUUGCUGGAGUCAGAUGAUGCAAAUGUUCGAAUUCAUGCUGUAAAAGUGGUGGCCAACCUAGCUGCUGAAGAGGAAAAUCAAAAAAGUAUUGUUGAAGCCGGUGGUCUUUCUUCCUUGCUGAUGCUUCUUAGAAGAUACGAGGAUGAAACUGUUCGCAGAGUAGCAGCUGGGGCAAUUGCCAAUCUUGCCAUGAAUGAAGCCAAUCAAGAACUUAUAAUGGCUGAAGGGGGAAUCACUCUGUUAUCGAUGACUGCAUCUGAUGCUGAAGAACCACAAACUCUUCGAAUGGUUGCUGGGGCUAUUGCUAACCUAUGUGGAAAUGAUAAAAUAUUGAUGAAGCUGAGAUCCCAGGGAGGUAUUAAGGCUUUACUGGGAAUUGUAAGAUGUGGACAUCCUGAUGUUCUUUCACAAGUUGCACGAGGAAUUGCCAACUAUGCUAAAUGCGAGUCUCGGGCUUCAAAUGAAGGGAUAAAAAGUGGCAAAUCUUUUUUGAUAGAAGAUGGAGCACUUCCAUGGAUGGUACAAAAUGCUAAUAAUGAAGCUGCGCCAAUCAGGCGUCACAUUGAACUUGCACUCUGCCACUUGGCACGGCAUGAAGUGAAUGCAAAAGACAUGAUCAGUGGAGGUGCCCUUUGGGAGCUUGUUCGGAUUUCAAGGGAUUGUACGCGAGAGGACAUAAGGAACCUUGCUCGUAGGACUCUCAGUUCUAUCCCGACAUUCAAAUCUGAAUUGAGGCGAUUACGUAUAGACUAUUGAUUGCAGAUCUUACAUGGGAUUCUUCAUAUUUGUUUUUGUUCCACUGCUGAUGACACUGAUCUACUGAUAGUACUGCAGAAAUCUUCUGAAUGGGGCAGUUGGUAAGUUGUUCUAUACCUUGCUAUUUUUGUAUAAGGGAAGCAGGGUUUAGUAGGUACUUUGUGGUUUCUAGUCAUCACUGACUUGAUGUGUAGAUAGGAGGAAGGAAAGGGAUGAAGAAAAAGGAGGUUUUGGGUAGGGGAGAGAUGAUGUUGAUAUUUUCAGUUAAACAAGGUGUAGUCAAACUCUGACUGCCCCAAACUACAUGAAACUGCCCAAUAUUGUAUAAUUUGAUUUACGUAAGUAAUG